AACAGCGAAGCGCUUCCGGAGGUCGGGGGUCGAGGGAAGAUGGCGGCCGCCAAAGGGGGCUGGUGCCUGUGCGAGUUACUGAGAUUUUUUUGUUCAUUAUUCCUCCCUGGGCUAACAGUCUGUGGAACUUUAUGUGUAUGUCUGUUCGUUAUCCUCUGGGGAAUCAGACUGCUGCUACAGAAAAAGAAAGAGUCAGUAUCAACCAGCAAAAAUGGGAAGAAGCAAACGGUGGUUGCAUUUUUUCAUCCAUACUGCAAUGCCGGUGGAGGAGGAGAAAGAGUUUUGUGGUGUGCCUUAAGGGCCCUGCAGAAAAAGUACCCUGAAGCAGUUUACGUCGUUUAUACUGGUGAUGUCGACGUCAGUGGACAGCAGAUACUAGAAGGCGCUUUCCAAAGAUUUAACAUCAAACUCACUCACCCAGUGAAGUUUGUCUUCUUAAGGAAACGCUACCUUGUGGAAGAUUCACUCUAUCCUCACUUCACACUGCUGGGCCAAAGUCUAGGAUCCAUUUUUCUUGGCUGGGAAGCUCUAAUGCAGUGUGUUCCUGACGUUUACAUCGAUUCAAUGGGAUACGCGUUCACACUUCCUCUGUUUAAGUAUUUAGGUGGUUGUCGCGUCGGAAGCUAUGUUCAUUAUCCCACCAUCAGCACCGACAUGCUUUCCGUAGUGAAGAAUCAAAAUGUUGGCUUUAACAAUGCAGCCUUCAUUUCCAGGAAUCCUUUUCUCAGCAAAUUAAAGCUCAUCUAUUAUUAUUUAUUUGCUUUUGUUUAUGGACUUGUUGGUUCUUGCAGUGAUGUAGUGAUGGUCAAUUCUUCCUGGACACUAAAUCACAUUCUCUCACUGUGGAAGGUUGGGAAUUGCACUAACAUUGUUUAUCCACCUUGUGACGUACAGACAUUUCUGGACAUUCCCUUACAUGAGAAAAAGACGACCCCAGGACAUUUACUGGUUUCCAUUGGCCAGUUCCGGCCUGAAAAGAAUCAUCCUUUGCAGAUCAAAGCCUUUGCUAAGUUGCUGAAUAAGAAGGUGGCUGAGCCACUUCCUUCACUUAAACUUGUCCUCAUUGGAGGUUGUCGUAACCAAGAUGAUGAGCUGAGGGUAAACCAACUGAGAAGGCUUUCUGAGGAUCUAGGAAUUCAAGAAGAUGUGGAAUUUAAAAUAAACAUCCCAUUUGACGAGUUGAAGCAUUACUUGUCUGAAUCAACAAUUGGUCUGCAUACCAUGUGGAACGAGCAUUUUGGGAUUGGAGUUGUCGAGUGUAUGGCAGCUGGCACAAUUAUCCUUGCACACAAUUCAGGGGGCCCGAAGCUCGACAUUGUCGUUCCACACCAAAGAGAGAUAACUGGAUUUCUGGCUGAAAGUGAAGAAGACUACGCUGAGACCAUGGCUCAUAUUCUUUCCAUGUCUGAGGAAAAGAGACUCCAAAUCCGAAGCAAUGCUCGGGCAUCUGUGAGCAGAUUCUCUGAUCAGGAGUUCGAACUGGCAUUCCUGUCAUCUAUGGAGAACUUACUUAAAUAGUGCCGUAUCUGUAAAAGUCAAAGGUAUUUUAUAUAAAACAGCUAGACACCUUCAUAUGUUAGUGUUUUUCUAAAGUUUUUCCGUGUGGUGAUAAAGUCAGCCUGAGCAAUGUACUCAGCAGUUUGUAUAUAGACAGGAUAUUGAUUUCAAUGGAAACGAAAAAAAGGCAAAAUUACCUAAAUGGUUUAAAUGAAAAAAAAAAAAAAGUAAGAUUAGUAUUCUGUCUCAAAUUCUGAAAAAUAUGGAUCUGAAAGAAAAAAACGAAUAGUCUUACUGUUGGUAUGACCCGUCUUUUUCCGAUCCGAUUUGUCAAAUCAUCGUACUUUAGAAACCAGGAAAGAGAAUUUCCCUUUAGAAAAAAAGGAAAUGGAGAAAGGGAAAUGGAGAGCUGACAAUUAGUUGAUGAGCACUUAGAAUUGUUCUGCCAUCUUGGAAACACAGAUUUUGGUACAUUUAAGUUCUAAAUACUAUUGUGGAUGACCUUCUUGAAGAUGCCUAACAGUUUUCUUAAAAGAGAAGAGACACUUGCAGCAGGCUGCAUUGCGUUCUAAAAGCUCGCAGGGCCGAGCCAGGCGGACUGUGACCGCUCCGUGGCCGAGGGUCUGCUCACGGAGGCCCCGGUGCUGCCCCAAAUCCAUCCCUGUCCAGAGCUUGGGAUUUGUGAAAGUAGCUUUUUGUGUAGCGCUCCCGGGACACUUGUACCAAUCCCUUCACGGUUCCACGUUCCCGGGGGCUGGAAGUCAGCUUUAAGUCAAUCAGAAGGUCUGAAUGAGAACAUCCUGCUAAGUUGUUCUCAUAAUGAUGAUGGAGUAACCAGCUCCAUCCUCCCGGUCUAUGUUAGCAGCAUCAUACAUUGUACGGUGACAAGGUGGCAUUUUGAAAAGAGCCCCGGACUGGCAGAAUACCUGAGCCUGACCCCACCAUCACUAUUUACAGACAGCAGACCUCCUACUACUCAGGCUGCUGCUUAAUCUUUUUGAAACUCCAGCUCUUCAUCUGUAAUCUGGAGGUGGUAGUACCUGUCCUCGCUACCCCUUAGUGAUUCUGAGAUGGAAAGUAAGGGAAAGUACUUUGAAAACUAUAAAAGUAGGGAUCCCUGGGUGGCGCAGCGGUUUGGCGCCUGCCUUUGGCCCGGGGCGUGAUCCUGGAGACCCGGGGUCGAGUCCCACGUCGGGCUCCCUGCAUGGAGCCUGCUUCUCCCUCUGCCUGUGUCUCUGCCUCUCUGUCUCUCUCUGUGUGACUAUCAUGAAUAAAUAAAUAAAAUCUUUAAAAAAAAAAAAAAAAGAAAACUAUAAAAGUUUUUUUAAAGGUCCCUUUAUAAAAUAAUUUAAUUAAGAGUAACAAUAUAUAGUAAAUGUCAUUUGUGAUCAAGCCUCCUUAUUAAAAUAGUAGGACUCAAGUUAGGUUACUAAGUCAAUAGCUAGGACUAUGUGCUGACUUGAACAGAACAUCUGUGCUGAACGACUAGCACGGAAAGUAUGUGGAUGUGCAGAUAUGGCUACAGAGCCCGCGGCACUUGGCAUUCUCUGCAUACAGAAUUCGCUCCUUCUAGAUCAGUGAAUUGACCUCCAGCCCAGUCUGAUACAUUUUUGUGUUAGGGGGCAUGUGAAAGAGGUCUGGUUUUCCCUCUUUCAAACUCCUCUCAUUCAGUCAUGGACCCAGCCAGCUCCGUCAUCUAUUCCUAAUUCCACCUUUGACUCAUCUGCAGCCUCCUCCUGUCAUCAGAUCAAAAAGCAGCAAAGCAGAGCCCCAGGAUGAUGUGCCACCAAUAUAGCUUUGGGUGGAGAUGGUUCAGUUUAGAAAAGAAAGACUGGUCGACAUGGAAGCUGGAAGGACCUUACAAAUCCUCUGGUCCAGUUUUAUUUUCAACUUUACAGACCACGAUUUAAAGACCUUAAGACUCCUUCAGUCUCACAAAGCUGAUUAAGGGACAAAAUCAGGAUUAUAAGCUGGAUGUUCUGACUGCAGCCCACUUGGUUUUCUUAUCUUAUAGUUAAUCUUGGGGCAAGAUUCGGCCCACCGCCCCCUGCAGUCACCUGUCUACCCUCAGAAAACCAUAGCACUAAAGAUAAAUUGAAGUAGACUAAGCAGAAGGAAAGGAUGCAGAACAGGGAAAAAAAAGAUUCUGAAAUUCUGUAGAGCAUUUUUAAAUCCUAUUUCUUCAAGAUUAUUUUUAUUUGCCACAUACAUCACUGGAAACAUACUUUGCAUAUCUCUUCACCCUCCCUAUUGCUAAUGUGAUAUUACGUGUUUGUUUGUUUGUUUGUUUUUCUGGAAAGACCAAUAACUGUGAAGAGUGUCAAAACAAUAUGUCAGCUACUGUCUGGGGAACUUCUGAGUGAUUAUUCAUUCCUAUAAAACGUUGUUUUUGAAUGGUCCUGUUGCGGUAUAUCCCGAACCCCCAACAGUGGGGAUUCACAUUCUUAUUUGGGUUGUGCAUAAUAAGAUACAUGUUCCAUGUUCUUUGAUAAUAAUCUGUAUAUAAUAUGACUUGGAUUUAAUAGAUACAAAAUCUGUUUGUAUCUAUGAUUUAAAGCGAUCUUCAUGAUCUUGGGUACUUUCUCCUUAUGGUACAUUGGUACCCCCAUGCAUUCUCCCAAUGCUGAAUUGUUAUCUACUACUAAUAUUUCUAAGCUCCACAUGCUGGGAAUUUAAAAAAAGAAAAGGAGGCAGGCAAAGGUGGAGGGAGGGAGGAAAGAAAAAGAACUUCAAGGUAAAACAAAAUUGUCUUGCCUCAGGUACCCAAGUAGAAUAGGUUGUCAGGUUUAAUAGACUUUUUAUUUUAAUAUUUCAGACCUACAAAAAACACUGCAGAGUUUCAUACACUUUAAUAAUUUGCAGGGCUUUUUACAAAGUCAUAGACAAAAUUAUGAGAGUGGCCAGUAUAAUUGUAAAUGCUUUCAGAAUAUUUGUGUUUAAUCAUGUAAAUGUAUCCUAGACCCCAGGACUAUAAUAUGAGUAAGUAGAGUGUCUGCUAAAUCUGUCAACAUUUUGGGUACAAGGAGAAAGUUAUCCACAACAAGAAGUCAUGCAAAUUUCUAGAAUCAAAUUAUGCCCUUGUAAUUUCCCUACCUCAGCUGAUUCUUUUUCCUCUGUCCCCAUCCUAAGUGUAAGGCCACCCUGGGCCUUAAAGAAGCAUCAGUUCUAAUGCUUGAGUGCUACAUGCUUGCCUGGACUAUACAUGCUACAAGAUACCUAGAAGGGAAGCUAAGAGUUGAUACACCACUUAAAAAAUGAUCAGUUUGAUAGCUAUGAUAUAUAGUUACCGAGAUGCAUAAUUUUUUCCGAGAUGCAUAAUGUUUAAUAAAAUUUAUUCUAAAAACA